GGGUUUCCGCCAUACUUCCUGUGCUCUUCCACCGUGUCUUUUCCUCCCGAAAAUGCGUGUUUGUUGAUCUGUGAGUAAUGGUUCCACAGGUCAGUCUGCAUUCACAGGCAACAUAAAUCUGACCAGUAACUAUUGAUCUGAAUAACUAGUAAUAGCAGCACCUUGUUUUUGAUCUGCUUGGGUGUGUCAGUGAGGAAGAUGGAGGAGUUGGGGUUACUGGCGCUCAUCUUGGUCUGCGCCCCCUGCAGGGCUGGGAAGAAGGUGGAGUGCAGCAGGGUUGGUUUGUGAUAGCCGAUCCUUGGGGCUACAUCACGGGUCAUUCUGAAGUAAGGGUCCUGGAGGAGUGAGAGGAUAGAUAUAAACACGUGGUUGUAAAAGACGACGCUAACAUGUUGUAUUGUUUUUGCAACUCCAAAUAAUCGCGCAUGCAUGGAAACGCGUAUUAAUUUGCAGUUCCUUUGCUGGCUUUCUCAAAAUUCCGUUAAAAUUUGCAAAACAUUUGGAUGGAAAUCUAUCUGCUAAUGAUUGUCCUGACCUGAUCUAUGGCGCAGGGGAUGAGACAGUGAACAUCCUUUCUGGUUCCAAAGAUCUGUGGGAAAGAGUUGCUGAAGGCUGGCGCUGCCUGGAUGGCUGGGAAGCUGAUCUUUCCUGAAUGAAUAAAAAAAUAACACACACCACCAACAAAGUAUUAACAUAAUUACACUUCGGAAUCAGGAAAUAAUGCAAUACAACCACAGACAGGAUUACACAGAAACAUUUUGGUCAUCAGAAAAUGUCACAUUAAAAAUCAGCACUUUUUCAGCUGCUGGCCUGACAGCAGUGACAUUUGAAGUACAUUAUUAUUGUGAGUAGAAUUCAAUGAUUGAUCAAAGAUUGGAUUGCCUUUUUUUUAACCAUUUAAGCUUUUUCAGUUGUCUUACCAAUGCAGUCACUGUCUGUAAAGCCAAAGAUGCCUUUAACCUGGUUGAAUGUCACGUGUUUCUGGGCCUUUACCACAUUUCUGUAGAAUUCAGGGGAUGCACUGAAGAAAAUAAAUUGAAAUUAACAAAAUAAAUACAAUUCAGAUUCUUUGCUGAUUCAGGUUAUAUGACAAACUGGGGAAAUACGAAUAACUGUAUAAUUGUCAUAUUUUACCCCAUAUAGUCCAGGUCAGAGAAGACGAAGGUCUUGUUGACAUCAAAGCCACAGGCAAUGAUGUCCUUGGCAUUUUCCACAGCGAAGUGGUGGCAGUCUUCUAGUGUUAGAUCCUUCCACAGGUACUUCUCAUCAUCAGUCAUCUGGAUCACCAGGGGGACGUCAAAUACAUCCUGCAACCAUCUGCAAUAAAGAAUGCAUUACAGAGGGAGAGAACUUACUUUGUGAAGAUGAAGGGGACGAGGUGACCGACGUGCAUGGCCUGUGUGGACGGACCUCUGCCAGUGUAAAGCGUAAUCAUGUGGAGAUGUCUUCAUUAGUGGCCUACGAGGAUUCAGAGUCAGAGGAUGAUUCUCUUGAUCAAGCGGGAGAGGGAGCGCCGGCUUCUGUUCAAACUGGGUCUUGUGAACAAAACCAAGACGUCAGAGGGUGUAAUUCCUCUGAGGUGACACUGAGCCCCCACAGCUUCACACCUGACCCUCACAGGUCAGUGUUGGAAUAUCAUGGAAGUUUCUCAGAAAGAAACAGUUCAUCACUGCGCUCAGAUUCACAGCCGCAGAGCUGUUUUGACCGGGAAAGAAAAUAUUGCAGUGAUGUUACGACACGAGAAAGGCAUCUUAAAGAUACUACAGCUCCUCUGAGUUUAUGUGCAACUCAGGGGAAGAUCUCACCACUGCAUACUCUUCCUCACAUGCCGCAAAGCUUCACUGAUGGGUUGAAAUCAGCAAAAAGACAUCGCACUGUCCCGUCUGGUGUCAGACCGUACAUCCCCAAGAGACAGAGACUUGCCUCUUCAGUAGAAACGGUGGACCCAAAGUUCCCAGCAGAGCAAGUUCCAGGGAAUCAGACCAGGGAAGGCCAAAUUCUGUCAGAAGUGUCAGCGAGAGUAAAGCCGUAUCUCGUUCACAAGCCUGGAGCAGCAGGGAUACCAAGGAGGCUUCUGAUGAGCCUGGGAGGCCACCAGGGCCCAGUCAACACAGUGCAAUGGUGUCCUGUGCCUCAUCUCAGUCACCUGCUGCUGUCUGCCUCCAUGGACAAGACGUUCAAGGUGUGGGAUGGAGCAGAGAGCGGGCGAUGCCUGAGGGUUUACACCUGCCAUUCGGGAGCCGUGCGUGAUGCCUGUUGGACCCCCUGCGGGCGGCACCUUCUCACUGGAUCAUUUGACAACUCGGCUGUGAUCACAGACGUAGAGACAGGGCAGCAGGUGGUGAGAUUGGACAACCAUUUCAAGGUGAUGUGUGUGGCUCUGCAUCCCAGCAACCCAGAGGUAUUCCUGUGCGGAGGUUACAGUUCAGUGGUCAAGUGCUGGGACUCUCGCAGCUGCAAGGUGGUGAACAUGUACAAAGCAGGGAUCCAGCAGACCUUAGACAUCCUGUUUCUGAGAGGUGGUGUGGACUUUAUAACAAGCUCUGACUGCGUGAGCAGAGACUCUGCGGACCGCACCCUCAUCGCCUGGGACUAUCAGACCACCGCCAAAGUCUCCAACCAGAUCUACCAUGAGCGGUACACGUGCCCCAGUCUGGCUCUCCACCCACUGGAGGAGUCCUUUGUUGCUCAGACCAAUGGGAACUACAUGGCAGUGUUCUCCUCCCAGCAGCCCUAUAGGAUGAACAAGAGGCGGCGAUACGAAGGACACAAGGUGGAGGGGUACGCGGCGCAGUGUGAGUUUUCCGCCGAUGGAACUAUCCUGGCCUCGGGAAGCUCCACCGGCUCCGCUCACUUCUACGAUUACCACAACGUUCGCUCGCUGCACAGCCUCCACGCCCACAGCCAGCCCUGCCUGUGUGUGUCUCAGCAUCCCGUCCUGCCUGCAACUGCAGCCACCUGCGACUGGGCUGGUGAGAUCAAGGUCUGGCACUAAGGACUGUGAAUGAACAAGCAAAUAUAGACUCAGAAGUUAUGAGAUGUAGCAGGUUGGCUGAGAGAGGACUAUAUUGAACUGGAAACUGGUGUGCACAUCCAUCUUCAAGACUUUAUCUCUCUUAAUCUCUUGGCAUUAGAUGAUAAACACUUGGCAAAGAAAUGCUGGAAUUCAACUAAUCUACUCUCUACUGACGCCUUUGAAAAACAGUUUGUUUUUUUUACACUGUGUAUCUUGCCGUGGUUUCACAUUGUUUUAAAAGCCACCCACAUCAUCUUCAUUCCCAUUGAAUUGAAUUUACAAUGGCACAAGAACAACAGUCACUAUUGUGUAAGUCUCACUGUAAACAUGUUAUUCAUAUUUGGCCCAUCUAACAUUUUUUACCGUCUUGAAAUCAGGGAAAGUUACACUGUGUAUCAUCAAAGAAAGAGUGAAAUAUUGUUACGAGUUUUAUCUGAAGCGGUAGGUGUUGGGAUGGCAGUCUUGCUGCACACACACACACACACACACACACACACAACUUGAUGCCGUCACAGUCUGCUUUCCACUCCAAACACAGCCAGGGACUUCAUCCCCAUCAUCAUGCUCUUAAAGUUUUUGUAAAAACAAAAAGAAAAUAAAAAUC